AUGAUCACGCAGGGUCCCUCACCUGAGGAUGACUAUGGCUUGGAAGCUAUCGCGCAGCACAACGCCAUCCACAGCACUGAGCAAUUCCCUCCUUACGAAGAAGAUGCGAAAGGGCUGGGUAUCUACAGUGGCAGCCUCUUCCACGACGAUGACCAGAUCUACGUCCACAACCCUCCCACUCCACGCUCAGGUACAGCCAGCGAAGGUGUGCGCACCCGAAGCGGCCGGUCCGCCAGAAGAACCGAUUCACCUUUCAGCACCAGCAAGUCGCGGGUGUCAAAGUCACCAGCCACCAGGUCAAAGAAGGAGAAGAAGCCCAGCAAGCUCGACAAGUCCAAGACGCCCAAGCUGACCGCACCUCUUUCCAUCUUGACCAAGGACAUGGAUGUGCCGCUCAAAGACAUGGACGCCUGGGUGCACCGUCCGGCGGAGACCAGGAGAAAAGAGGUGGAGAAGCGCAAUGGAUACGUCACUCGUCCCAUGAACUCGUUCAUGCUUUACCGGUCAUGUUACGCUGAGCGCACGAAGCAGUGGUGUCUGCAGAACAACCAUCAGGUCGUCUCGUCCGUGUCUGGAGAGAGCUGGCCCAUGGAGCCUGAGGAGGUCCGCAACCAGUUCAAUGAGUGGGCCAAGAUUGAGCGCGCUAACCACGCUGCUGCGCAUCCGGAGUACAAGUUUUCACCCAGCAAGGCCAGCAAUAAGCGGAAGAAGGGUGACUUCUCUGAUGAUGAGGACGAUGCCAGUGAGCUUGACGGAGAUCCAGACGGAGAGUAUCGCGGUGGUUCCAGGACUGUGCGUCAGAAGAGGUUGGCGGACAACGCCGCUGCGGUGGCAUACCUGCCAAGCAAUGUUGGCUUCGAAUCGCAUCCCUACUAUGGUCAGCAGUACGAGCAACCGCAGUAUGCUUACACCUCUGAGCCAGGCCGGCCUUUGCCUUCCAACGCUGGCUAUGAUGGAAGCGGCCUCGUCUUCAACCCACAGACUAGUAUUUACGUCCACGCCACCAUGAACCCUCAUCCGCAAUACAACUACAUGCCAGCGCAGGACGUGCGCACCGGCGGCAUGCGCGUCUCAACGCCCAGCUCGAUGAACGGUCACCAUCAGUCGCUCGGCGGCUAUGGCCUUCCUGGAAACAUCAGCACUGACGACCUCUUCGCCUCUAACUCGCGAACAGGCACACCGUCAGUUCAGGCGCAGUACAACUCUUACGGUCAGCCCGUCUACCCUCAGUACCACUCAUACACACCUCAGCCUGCAUACCAGUCGCUGCCCCAGCAUCAGCAGCAGCAGAUGUAUGAGCAUGCGCAGUACCUGCAGCAAGCGUCGCAACCGCAGGCGGCAAUAGAUCCGGCGCUGGCGAGUGUCUUUGAGGAGUCUGGGAAUGUUGGUGGUGGACGAGAGCAGAGCCAUUUCGAAGAUGCAAUGGGCGAUCUGGCUGGCGGUGGAGAGUACGCUGGGAUGGAGUAUUUUGAUGAGCCGACCAGCCCGAACGGGUGGCGUCGUCCUGAGCUUGGAGGGCAGUGA